AUGACAAAUACACCGCCAUUCGUGAUUUCAUCUCCGGCAUUAGUGGAUGGCCAAAUCCACCAAAACCACUGCCACCUAAACCUCCGACCUUCGCGCAAUCAGGAAUUGGAAUUGACAAAAAUUGGAAACUGGUUUGACUUCGAGUCGGAGACAAUCAGUUCAAGCCAAUGUGUGCAGAACCCUCUGGCAAAGACGUUCGAGGAGCUGGAUCAGGCGAUGGGAUUCGUCAAAUACUCCGUUCGUCUCAACAUCGGUGGAAGUGAGCUGGACGGUAGUGGUGUCAGGGAUUUUGGCUACGUGUUCGUGAAUAAGCAGUUCAAAGGCCGGAUCAGCCCACACUACAAACCGCAUGAAGUCAGCAAGCUGCAGCUAUCAUUAAAAAGGAACGACCUGCUUGAGAUCGUGGUCGAGAAUCAAGGACGACUCACAUGGGAGACCAUCAAUGAUUUCAAGGGAAUUGUAAGCCCUGUGAAAUUGGACGGAGCGCAGCUAACCGGAUGGACUUCGUGUGCAGUUGAUGUGCAACAACUUGUUAACGUCACAGCACUGUCUUCGGUGUUGAGCACAUUCAACGUCGGUGACGUUUUCCGCGGUGACUUCACAGCUAUCGAAAAAGGUGACACGUAUAUCGAUGUGUCAAACUGGGGAAAAGGAGUGGUAUGGUUGAAUGGCUUCAAUCUCGGUCGAUAUUGGAGCAGUGCUGGACCACAG